AUGUCGUUAGCACUCGCCCGACCGUCCCCUACCUUGCUAGCAGGCUCCAUAGCUUCGCCUCGACCUCACCUACCUAGCGCCGCCCUCGCCUACCCCUCUCGCUCGCCGGAAACGCCGCACCCUUGUCGACAUAGCCGCAAACCUCCGGCCACCUCGAGCUCCUAUAAAAGGAGAGCCCCUCCUCCUCAAUGGAGCACACCAGUCGCCUCCCCUCCCUCCUCUGAGCCUCCUCGCACCUUCUCCGCUCCACAUUGCUCACCACCGCCGCCCAAUUGCGCCAUCGCCGCCCGUGAUCCGCCGAAGAUCAAGCCACCGAUUGAGUCCAUCCCCGGAGCUCCCACGACCACCGUUGAGCUCGCCGUCGUCUGCAACGUCGCCCUGCAUCAACGCCACCGCUCGCCGGAGUCCCUGCUUGCCGUCGACCCCCUCGCCUCGCCGUGCCAGAGCCCCCUUCUCGUCAACGACGACGACGACGCCCGACCGUCGGAUCGCCGUCUAAUCCAACCGCUCACAUUCACAGGUACCGCUUCGGCGUGGAUGACCCGCUGA